AAAAAUGGCAGAGAUAGGGGACAUGGGAGAAUGGAACAAUACUGCUCCCUCCCUGGAAAAAACAGAUUAUAACAGAACUUCAAGUGGAGCUAAUGGAAUACAGAAUCGAGUUCCACGAAAGGAAAUAUUUCAAGCUCUCUUAAAAGUGGGAGUGCCUAGGGAGAAACUGGAUGGCAUUCCUACCAAGGAUAUGUGGCAAAUGUAUAGGGAUCAAGUGAAAAAUGCUAAAACUCGAAAAGUAACUCUGGCUGAUAAUCAAUCAUCUAAUUCAUUUUCUGUGGUGCCCACUGCUCCCCCUGCUGGAUCGCCUUCCCUUUAUCCCUUGGAUGAACUUACUCGUUUAAAAUAGGGAUGUGGCCAAGCCCCUGGAGAUUCACCUUGUUACAAAACAGUGUCUAGAGUUGAUUUAAGACCUCAUGUCCCUCUUACAAUUUAUUGGAAAAAUGGAUCGCAAACCCAGGUUAGGGCCUUAAUAGGUACAGGGGCGGAGGCCUCUUUGAUAUAUGGAAAUCCUGAUAAAUUUAAAGGAACUACUUUGACUAUUACAGGAUUAGGUGGUGCUGAGGUACAGGCAAAACAAACUAAAUUAAUGAUGAAAAUUGGGCACUUGCCCCGCAGGGAAUAUUCAAUAGUAGUAGUUCCCAUCCCAGAAUAUAUAAUUGGAAUUGAUAUACUUAGAGGAAUGUCUUUAGCAUUGGAUGAUGGAAAUUAUCAUUUUGCUGUUCGUGCUUUUAAAAUUUAUCAUAUAAUUGUGGGAAAAUUGCAUCAGACUCCUGUGUCAUUGCCUGAGCCUACUAAAAUUAUCUCUUGUAAACAAUAUCGAAUUCCAGGAGGCCAUGAAGAAAUAGCUCAAACUAUUAAAGAUUAUGUUAAUACAGGUGUUAUGAUUACUGUUACAACUGAAUGGAAUAAUCCAAUAUGGCCCGUUCGAAAAUCAGAUGGCUCAUGGAGAAUGACAGUAGAUUACAGAGAGUUAAAUAAAGUUACCCCACCCCUCACAGCCGCAGUGCCAGAUACUGUUACCUUAAUAGAAAGAAUUCAGCGUCACCCUGGAACUUGGUAUGCUGUAGUAGAUAUAGCUAAUGCUUUCUUUACUAUCCCUAUUUGUGAAAAACAAUGGCCCUAUUUUGCCUUCACAUGGUGGGGAAGACAAUAUACAUUUACCCAUCUACCUCAAGGAUAUAAACAUAGCCCUACUAUUUGUCAUAAAUUGAUAGCUGAACAUUUAGAUGAAUAUGAGUUAGACUCAACUACUAUGAUUACUCAUUAUACUGAUGAUAUAUUAAUCCAAUCCCUAACUCAAGAGAAAGUGCAAGAACAUCUUGAUAAGAUUAUUGAACUAUUAAAGAAAAAAGGAUGGGAAGUUAAUCCACAAAAAAUUCAAGGACCCUCUCAAGAAGUACAAUUUUUAGGAAUUUAGUGGAAUCAAGGAGCUAGAAAUAUAUUACCUAAAGCGAAACAAAAGGUUUUAGAUUUUGCUGUUCCUAAGACUAAGAAAGAAACUCAAAAAUUUAUAGGACUAUUUGGAUAUUGGCGAAACCAUAUUCCUCAUUUGGGUCAAAUUUUAAGGCCAUUGUAUAAAGUAACUAGGAAGAAAUAUGAAUUUGAAUGGGGACCAGAACAGCAACAGGCAUUUGAGGCUGCUAAGGCUGCUAUCCAAGCCGCCCUAGAUCUUUGGCCUAUUUGAGAAGGGCCCAUUGAAUUGAUGGUGUCAGUAGAAGAUAACUAUGCUAAUUGGAGUUUAUGGCAAAAAAUUGAAUCCAAAAGAAUGCCCCUGGGAUUUUGGACCAGAAAAUUACCAGAAGCAGGUCAAUUAUAUACUCCUUUUGAACAACAAUUAUUGGCUGCAUAUUGGGCUUUGGUAGAAACUGAACAAUUAACAGUAGGCCAUACAGUGUUGUUACGUCCCCAAAUUCCCAUUAUGCAAUGGAUUAUGCAUGACCCAGCUUCACAUAAAAUUGGACAUGCACAAGAGAGCAGUAUAAUCAAAUGGAAAUGGUAUAUCCAAAAUAGAGCAAAACCUGGACCAACUGGAGUUCUAACUCUACAUGAACAAGUGGCUGAAAUAGAAGGACAAUCUCAUGAUGUAAAAAUACCAUGUAUGAUAGAAAUUAUGUCUCCUGUGAAAAUGGGAAAUGGAUAUGAUACUUUGACAGAACAGCAGAAAAAACAUGCAUGGUUUACUGAUGGCUCUGCUAAGUAUAUAGGUCAUCAAAGGUAUUGGAAAGCAGUUGCUUAUAACCCUUAUACAACUUUGGUUUUAGAAACCCAGGGAGAAGGAGCCAGUAGCCAAUUUGCUGAAUUACAAGCUGUAUAUCAAGCUUUAAAACAUGAAACAGGAAGUGAAUGUCAUUUUUUUACAGAUUCAUGGGCAAUUGCAAAUGGACUUACUACUUGGAUGCCACGUUGGUAUAGAGAUAAUUGGAAAAUUCAUGGAAAAAAUAUAUGGGGCCAUGAAAUAUGGAAUGAAAUAUGGCAAAUUGUGCAAAAAACUAACGUGUCUGUUUUUCAUGUAGAUGUUCAUAGCACCUUGAAUUCUACUGACCGUAAGUACAACGCUGAAGCUGAUCGAUUAGCUACAAUUGCUGAAGUGAAUCUCCCUCCUCCCUUGGAAGGAUUGGCAAAAUGGAUCCAUACCAAAACAGGACAUGCAGGAACUCACACUAUGUACAGGACACAAAUCCAACCCGACCAAUGACAACACGGCGACCUCUUCCCACUUCAACUAUGAAGUUUCAAUUGUUGCUGUUGAUGGCCCUCAUCAAAUCCACCCACUGUGGGUUUGGAAAUCCACACCACGCCCGUCAGCUUCUGCAAGGAAUGCAAAGUCAACCUUGUCAAUGUUUUGGAGGGACCUCCAAGAGCUUUACAAUUCCUCCUAUGGGGACUUAUUCCUCUCAGGACUGUGGGGACAAAAUGGCAUACCUUCAGUAUGCAUCUGGGGCCAAAUGGAAAUGUAUACCAAAGCCUAAGCCAUUGCCUAAAGUUAAUGGCAAAAACCCCGAUUGCCCUUGUACAACAUUUAAACAAUCCAUACAUAGUUCUUGUUAUUCGAGCUAUCAAGAAUGUAGCCAUGAGGGAAAAACUUACUAUACCGCCACCCUAACAAGAACCCGUUCGGCCAUUUUAGGAGGUGACUGGUCCAAUAACCCACAAGUCCUUGGGCAUACCAAUAAGCUCAUGACCGCAGGGUGUGACGGGACAAUAGGUCAGCCCGUCUGCUGGUCCACGAUACCCUCUAUCCAUAUCACAGAUGGAGGCGGCCCACAAGACCAAGCCAAACAAAUACUCACCAAAAAUCACAUUAAUCAAAUUAUAGAAAGUCAAUUUCUCUCCCUUACAUAUCACCCCUUUGUAAAAAUUCAUUCUACAAUGGAGGAAAAAAUAGAUGCAGCCACUCUUGAUAUGCUAAGCCUCACACAUCAACUUUUAAAUACUACCAACCCUUCAUUAGCACAGGAUUGUUGGCUUUGCCUCAAUCAAGGGUCCCCUGUUCCCCUGGCAGCUCCCCUAACAAAUGUCAGUUUCAGUACCUCAACAACAAAUUGUUCUGCCACCACUCCGGUUUUGGUAUCUUUAUCCGCUUUUGAACCAUUCUUAAAUUCUACCCCAGCUUGUAUAUAUAGUCCAGCCUUAAAUGAUACUUAUGAUAUAGAUGUGGGAUUUAUUACCUUUGUUAAUCUUACUUCUUGUGUUAAUAUUUCUGAUCGCCCUAUCUUGUGUCCCCAAAAUUCUUCCAUUUUUGUUUGUGGUAAUAGUUAUGCCUAUUCCUUUUUGCCCCAAAAUUGGACAGGAGUUUGUAUAACUGCCAUUAUUCUCCCAGAUAUUGAUAUUAUAUCUGGAGAUACCCCUGUUCCCAUCCCCACCUUCGAUUAUAUAUCUGGUAGACAUAAAAGAGCUGUUCAACUCAUUCCCUUAUUGGCUGGCCUAGGGAUUUCCGCGGCCAUUAGCGCAGGAACUGCUGGUCUAGGCAUUUCCAUUCAUAAAUAUGCCAAAUUAUCCCAACAAUUAAUUGAUGAUGUACAGACCUUGUCUGAAACCAUGCAACAUCUUCAGGAUCAAAUUGAUUCCCUCGCGGAAGUUGUCCUGCAAAAUAGGAGAGAUCUAGAUUUGUUCACUGCCGAACAAGGAGGAAUAUGUCUCGCACUUCAAGAAAAAUGUUGUUUCUAUGCUAAUAAAUCAGGUAUUGUCAGGGAUAAAAUUGAAACCCUACAAAAAGAUUUAGAGAAACAUAGAAGGGAAUUAUAUGAAAACCCCUUCUGGAAUGGACUUAAUGGUUUCCUGCCUUAUCUCCUCCCCUUGUUGGGGACAUUAUUAGGACUCUUACUAUUGUUAUCCUUAGGACCUAUAUUGUUUAAUAGACUUGUGGCCUUUAUUAAACAACAAAUAGAUACCAUGCAAGCCAAGCCUAUCCAAAUUCAUUACCACCGCCUCGAUCUGAUUGAUCAGGGCUAUCUGGAGGAAAAUAGCUCGCCAAGCUCCUCCUAA